UGGGUGGUGUAUGCAACCAGAGAAGCGGAGCAGGCAGGUGUGUCAGACUUGGAGAUCAUCUCCCAGCCGGUGGAGGAUGAGAACCCGUGCUUGGCUCCUCCAGUGCAGCUGGUGAGUUUUGGCUACAGAGAUCUGCCCCUCGCUGCACUGGACCUCUCUCUGGCUGGGUCACAGCUCCUCUCCAACGCAGAUGAAGAUGACAACAGGGAAGGGUCCAACUGGCUGAAGCCGUGCUGUGGUCGUCGAGUCGCCCUGUGGCAGGUCUGUCUGCUCAGCGCUGGCUUCAACUGUAUCCUGGUGGCCUGUGUCAUCCUGGUGGUGCUCUUCCUGUCUUUGGAGCUGCUCAUAGACACCAAGCUUCUACAAUUUGCCAAUGCUUUCCAGUUUGCCAGCAUUAUCCACUGGAUCAGCCUUAUCAUCCUCUCCCUCUUCUUUUCAGAGACUGUCUUCAGAAUAGUUGUGCUUGGGAUCUGGGACUACAUUGAGAACAAAGUUGAGGUGUUUGAUGGUGCUGUCAUCGUGCUGUCCCUGGCCCCCAUGGUGGCCUCCACUGUGGCCAAUGGGCCCAGCAGCCCCUGGGAUGCCAUCAGCCUCAUCAUCACCCUACGAAUCUGGAGGGUCAAAAGGAUCAUUGAUGCUUAUGUGUUACAGGUCAAGGUUGAGAUGGAAUUGGAGAUCCAGCAGUGUGAGAAAACCAAGGCCGUGAGGGAAGAGCAGCUGGAGCGUCUGACUCAGAUCUGCCAGGAACAGGCUUUUGAGAUCAGGCAGCUGAGGGCCCAUCUGGCUCAGCAGGACUUGGACCUGGCAGCAGAACGUGAAGCAGCCAUGCAGAUCCACCACGUUUGGGGCAAACAGGGCAGGAGCUUCCAGGUGGUGGAGGGCUUGACUCCUGGGGAGUCUGACGAUGAAGGUGGCCAGAGGAACCGCAGGGAGCCCCACGCCACUGCAGAUCCGGUUGUACGUGAUGACAUGAACAACUAUAUUAGCCAGUAUUACAGUGAAGCAAGCAGUGAUGUUGGGGCAUCUGUCUCAUGUGCUCGGGUCAUCACCACAGCAGCCAUUGACGUCCACCUCCCCACCAAUCCAAACCCCAUCCACUCAAAUCCUCUGCUUGCUAUGGAGCGGGUGAGCAGUGCUGUGAGUGAUGCCUCUACCAGUGUAUCACGGUCCAGUGGGAGCCUAACGGCGCGCCCCCAAAGCCUGAGUAGCCACACCCUGGGCUCGUCCACCACAGACUGCAGCAGCAGCAGCAUGGCCCGGGACCUCAGUUUGAACUACAGCUCCCAGCGCUGCUGCCCCUCUUCCAUCUCAGGCCCGGGUCCCUGCAGGGACCCCAACAUGGUUGUGCAGGAGCUGCUCUCCUCCUUCUCUGAAGAUUCCUGCCUCAGCCAAAAGGGCCUUACAGUGGACCCUGUCAAUCUGAAGCUCCCCAGCCCUACUGGCUCAGCCAAUGCCAGCCCCGAGCUGGAGAACAGGAUCAACAUCUACAACCGCAGGAAUCAGGAGGAGAGGCGGGGCCGGGGAAGGGGCUGUGUUCUUUUGCAGACCAAGCCCCUCAUCCACCUGCAUGGCAGUGCCACUGAGCCCUCCCUGGAGGAGAAGUACCGGCUCCUGGGGCCAGCUGACACACCUCUGGGGCGCAUGCCUGAUACAUAA